AAUCGCUGUGGCCCAUGAGCAUCCAGCGCAUUGUGGCUCUCAGUACCUCCCUUUGGUAACAUAAAGGACUGGACUACAGUCUUCUCAAGAGAGGGUUUACUUAAACCCCUUUGGUGUCAUCAGUAUCCUGGUAUGUAAAUCACUUCCCGCACCAAGAUUCCAUUCAUGUGGAACCAGGAGAGAGUUGCUUUAGGUGCUCGAAAAGCAAGAGACAUGUUAUCUGGCUGUGGAUUGCAGAAGCUGCUCUCUGCAAUGCUUGUAGUUGGCGAGUGCUUCCCUGGAAAGAGCACUCUGGAUCCCUGAGCGCUCUGAGUCGGUGGUCCUAAGCUGGUGGCCUCAGCUUUGUGCCCCUGCGCUAGACGGUGUGCGGUUUGUAUCCCUGAAGCCUGGGAGCUACUGCUUAGGACUGAUGGUGGGGAAAGAGAGAAGGGCGCCAAAGAUGCUUCUUCAAAGCUAACUCCUUGGAAUCAAGGAAAGGAGGUUGCCCCUCUGUUCUCACUCAGGGAAUUUCCGGGAGAAAUGCCGGGGAAGCUAGGUGGGGCUGAGCUUUUCUGGAAGGGACGAAAACUUAAUUUCCUAGGGUGCCUGUAGUUUCUCCCCAUGAUUCUCAUUACCUCAGCCUUGCCGAAGGACCUGCCUGGUGUAAUCCCACCUCUAGGAAUUGAGGAUUGCCUUUGAAUGUUUCAGGCAAACACUACUGCCAAGCCACAUCCACCGACAGCCCUCUUUACUUUUUCCGCCCCUGAGGACGGGCACACCGUGGGAUGGAGAGACGGUUAGCCAUUAAGAGCACUUGCUUCUACUGGGAAUCCAGGUUGUUAACCACCAUCCACUUGGUCAUUUGCAACUGCCUGUAACUUCAGUUCCAGGGGCUAUGAGGCCUUCUGGCAUACAUAGGCACCAGAAUAUACAUUCGUGCAGACACUAAGACACAAAAUAAAACAAAACCCCAAAACCAAAGACACCGGGACCCACAAAGUUGUCUAGGUUCGCACUGAAUGUUUAAUCCUGCUUCAGUUUACAGAGUACUUAGAUACAUACCACCACCGCCGUGAUUAGCUAAGUCAAUCAUUCAAAAACAUUCUUGGCCUAUGUAAUUAUAAGAAAAUUCCCAGUUCAAAAAAGCUAUGGGACUUUCCCAAAUCUCACAAAACUGGCCUGUGUUAUUUUUUUCUGGUGCUGGAGAUGCCCUGGGGCUUUGAUCUUGCUAAACUUCAAACUUGGCUCUGCCUAAGGCACUUCCUUGCCAGUGUGGUCUAGUCUGGGCUCACGACCGACUACAGCCAAAGACUGCACAUCAGCUUUUUGCCAAAGCCUUGUAUUUGUUGUAUAAGGUGCAGUGUUUGGAUUGGCAUCUGAGAGUGGCAAGUUAUGUCUCCACCUCCUCUUCGGGGAAAUUCUAUAUUAAAUUCUGCCUUAGGAUAAGGUACUGGGCUGCAGGAUGAGGGUGCAACCUCAUCCUGCUGGGUAUGUGGGGUGGCUUUGUAGUCUAUCUGCGACCUUUCUACGAUGUCACGAGGUCACGCCUGAACUUAGCUGGCCUCUUACCCAAACAGGUUUGGACAGGACCUCAGGAGGCAUUCUGGGGGUACCACCAGCGGCCGGGUCUGAGCGGUGGGGUAGGGGCAGGAGACUUCUGGGAACCAGAGGAGACGUGUCCGAAACCGGGCCGCCCCACGCACAGCAGCUCCACGCGGCGCUCCUCCCAAGCCCCAACUACUGCCCGGGGAUGGGAAGGGGGUGGAUUCGGCCUACGACUUCCAUUGGGUCUCUGGGGUCCGUAUCCGCCUACCCCUGCGGCGAAGCCUCGCAUUGGCCUGCCUGUCGCCCCGCCCGGUUCCGGUGCUCUCAUUGGCUGCCGAUGCCCGACCCCCGGCGCGGCCGCCGAGGCGGACCGCAGGAUUGGUGGUCCGGCCGUUGCGUCCCCACCAUGGCGGCGCCCGUGCAGCCCGCCGCGUCCUGGGCUCCCUCUGGGGUCCCUUCUCCUGUCCCCGCUAUAAGCGCUGCAAUUGCCUCCGCGCUCUGCGUGCGCCCUGGCGCCACCCGCCCCCGGCCUCCCUCUCCGCUGCGGUAAGGCCUGCCCUGCGUCCCCGACGCAGCUCUCGGCCGCCGUGCCCCUCCCCCGGCCAAACCGGCCGGAGCCGCGCUGGGGACCGAAGCCCGGGCCCGGGUGGGGGCCAGGCCUGCGGAGGGCCCUGCAAGCCGGGCCGAGCGCGCCGAGGUCACCUGUGUGCAGUGCCCCGGGGCGCGCGAGUCUGGGCGCAGAAGAGGGUCACGGUCACCCGGGACCCGCUGUGGGACGAGUGCAAGAAAGUCCGGGGAAAGCCUAGCGGGAGUCACCAAGAGUAGCGGUUGUCAUCUCUGCCUUUCCCGGGGCCAGAUCCUCUUCGGAGCGACCGGGUCAGUUUGUCAAAAUUCACUGAUUCUUUCCCUUGACUCCGCUGGACAAACCCUAGGCACAGAGUAUGAUAGGCUGGGUUUCCUCCUGAAGCUGGACUCUAAACUGUUACAAGCCUCUUGAGGACAGGAUCCAACACUGAAGCAUCUUCUGGAAGAUUGUAGUUCUGAACCAAUCCCUGCAGAGCACCUGGGGCGUAGCAGGGAAAAGCACCCCCACGGAGGGCCCCCUUCAGGCACAGUAGUCUUUAAGAGCCCAUUUCACUUUUAAAGUCCUGUGCUCAAUUCCACCAUACAUAUGUGUUGUUCUGAUGUAAUCUUCUUCAUGGAGUUUGUUUAUUUAGGUAUGUGUUUGCAUGCAUGUACAUCUGUGCACCGUGUUCAUGCCUGGUGCCUUGAAGAGGUCAGAAGAGAGUGUUAGAUCCUCUGGUGAUGGCAUUACAGAUGGUUAUGAGCCUCCAUGUGGUUGCUGGGAAUUGAACUCAGGACCUCUGGAAGAGCAGACAGUGCUCUUAACCACUGAGCCAUCUCCCCAGUCCUCUCAAGUAUAUUUACUCCUCCAAUCAACAUGCCCACUUUGAGAAGCUGAGACCUAGUGGAUUUAGAGACAAGGCUAUCAGGAACUGAUGAUGAAAAUUUACUUAAUCCUGCAUAGGAAGAUCAGACGUGAAUCUUUACUGUGACGUUCAGCAAAAGUCUGUUGAGGCUUGGCCCCUCUGGGGUGCUCAUAUAGGUGCCAGUAGAUGACAGGCGUGCACAUGCAAGUGUUGGCCUUAUUCCUAUCACACAGACGUUCAGAGCUAGCAACCGGGUUAGAAAGAAAAUUGUGGGUAUCACAGGUGGAAGGAAUAGUCAUUUUCCUCUAAAUUGGUGUAUGUCUGAUCAUCCUGAUGAAGCUAAGGGUAGGGAAGGCAGAUAUUAACCCUUACUAGAGCAGGAGCCACAACUGACAGGUAACUUCCCAUUCGCCCUCCUAUGCUUAUUUUAAGAGCCACAGAAACCACAGAGGAGACCUUGUUACUCGAAGUCUAGUCUUCCUUAAGAUUCGGUGGUACCCAAGCUUUUCCCAUGGCAACAGACACUGUCAUCUACAAAUGUGCCAGACAGCAUUUACAGCAAUCCUGGGAUGCACAUAGUCUGGGCCACAAGCUGGUCACACAUGCUUAAUUAAGUCACACAAGCUGGUCACACAUGCUUAAUUAAGUCACACAAGCUGGUCACACAUGCUGACGUCAUGUUUUCUACCAGAGAAAGCAAGGGAUUUGAUGAGAUCGGGAGGCGAUCAGAGGUUCUUGCAGAGGACUGAGGUUCGGUUCCCACCACCAACUGGCAACUCACAGCCAUCUGCAUGUAACCUCAGUUCCUGAGGAUCCAACACCUUCUAACCUCUGUGGGGAUCAGACACACACAUGCCUAGGCAUGUACAUAGGCAAAACACUUAGUACACAUAAAAUCAAUCUUAAUUUGUUUGUAAAUGGAAGGAGAAAACAGGGCUGUCAAUCGACAUGGUUCAGCAGGUAGAGGCGCCACCACUAAGCCUCAUGCCCUGAAUUCAAUCCCUAGGACCGAUAUCGUCAAAAGAACCAACUCCACACACAUACUUACACACAUGCACACACACAAGCACACACACAUACACACACAUGCACACAUACACGCACACACUCACACAUGCACACACACAGGAGCACACACUCACAUGCACACACACAUACACACACAUGCACACACACAUACAUGCACACACUCACACAUGCACAUGCACACACACAGGAGCACACACUCACAUGCACAUGCACACACACAGGAGCACACACUCACAUGCACACACACAUACACACAUGCACACACACAUACACAUACACGCACACACUCACACAGGCACAUGCACACACACAUAUACACGCAUGCACACACACAUACACACACAGGAGCACAUGUACACACACAGGAGCACACACUCACAUGUACACAUACAUACACACACAUGCACACACACUUACAUGCACACAUACUCACACAUGCACACACACAGAUGCACACACAUACACACACUUACAUGCACACACACUCACAUGAACACACAUUCUCACAUGCACACACACUCACAUGCACACUCACACACACAUGCACAACACUCUCACAUGCACACACACAUACUCACACACAUGCACACACACAUGCACACACUCUUACAUGCACAUACACACACAUGCACAUACACACUCACAUGCAUACUCACAUGCACACACUCUCACAUACACACAUGCACACACACGCCCUCACACAUGCACACACACUCUCACAUGCACACACACAUACACACACUCAGAUACACACACACUCUCACAUGCACAUACACACAUGCACAUACACACACUCACAUGCACGCACACGAGUGCGUGCACACACACACACAUACACACACGCACACACACUAAACAAGCACACUUACCUUGGAGUAGGGCUGCUCUAGGUGCAUUCAAAGCCCCAGCUGUUUGAAGAAACCAAUUGCUGGAGCCGCACACACACAUACACAUAUUUUGUAGUAUCUCUAGAUGGUAGGUAGAGGCUUAAUGUGUUUUUUACUAUCUAGUCCUCACCAGGUUCUUCAGGUUCAGAAACCAGCCCUUCCUGGUCUUUGUUGUCCCGGACAGCAUUCAGGAAAAGUCACCCACCCUGCAGCAGGAAGUAGUUGCUGUGUGGCGAUUCUUUCCAGAGCCUGUUUUAUGGACUUAGUACAGGACAUUUGCUUCAGUGAGUGACAUCCUUCCUGCGGUGACUCUCACAGGUGUGACCGCACCUAAUGACGACCACAAAUGCCGCUGUCGCCCAGAACACACAGGGACAGUAUGAGUAGAAAUGGACUUUCCGGCUGUGCUAAGGUCAUCAUCUGAGAUUUCGAGCUUGAACAGAGAGAGUAGCACAUCUCCCAACUGCAUCUCCUGAACUCUUGCAGCCCCACCCUCCUGGGCAGAAGGCAGUGCUGCCUUAGCGGUGUACACAGGGCUAUUAGAUCAUAGAUCUGCUGCCGGGCACUUGGCUUACGCUCAAUGUGUUAAUUCCCUUGCUCUUUUCACUACCACCCAGAAAGAGGGUGUGUUUAUAUUUUUAAAGAAUUGAAGUGUGGAAACAAAGCCGGAGCCGUCACAGCAGGCCCCUGGCGGGGCUUCUGUGAGGGCUGUUUGUACACCACAAGCCAACACACAGAGCAGGCUACUGAGCAUCCUCCCAGCCAGUGAAGACAAUAGCCAAGCCCCCAGAUGAGGUUACAACAGUAAUGUCGGCUUAGAACUCCGAUUAAACAGGAUCACCAACCAAAGCUAUAGAGAAAUCCAUGUCUGUACCAGAGACUCCGGAGAGCAAAUAGCUGCAGCCAGUGUAGAGGGGGUUGACACCCGCCACCUGUAGCUGGAGGAAGAAACUGAGGACAACCCAAGGACAGCCAGCCCAGGCGCUCCCUUACUCCCUGCAGAGGACAUUGUUACUAUAGUAACAAGGUUAGCAGAACCAGAGUCAGAAGGGACAGCAACUGUGCUGUAGAGUGAGCGCACACCAAGUGCACUGGAGGCUGCUGGCUGGAUCCCUAGCACCAGAGAGAGCAUAAGGGGGACAUGUGUGCAGACAGACAGACAGACUUAAUGACGGACUACCGUUAAGGAGAAAAGGUUCGUCUUGAUGCCUAAGCGGAGCUGUCAUGGCAUUAAGUUAUUGUCUUACAUGAAGGCUGUUUUAGGGGAACAAUUCAAAUGGCAAUGUUUAAUAAUCAAAUAAGGUGACUAAAGCCAAACAAAGCUGCUUCUGCCGUUUCCUGAUUGGUUGUAUGGUUGUCCCAGAAACAGCCCUCGUAAUUGGAGAAGUGGAUCUCUGGGAAGGGAGGAGGACUGAACAGAGGCGGCAGUGAUGGGUGAUGCAGGAUACGCGUGCCGAGGGCUGCGUGCUGAGGCCUCUGCCGUCCCCACUGGGUGGCUGGUCCUGACCGAGUGGUCAGGGGUGGGUUACUUGUUACACCCAGGUUCCUCCACUAACUAGUGCCUGGUCUCGUGAGAUGGGUCUAGAAAUUGGUCUGUUGAUUACAAAAUGCCCAUCACUGAUCCGUAGAGUCCUGGAGAUUAACCCUCAAGCUUUUUGCCCCAGCUGCCACCCUCUGUCCCUCACAUUGGUGCUGAUUGCAUUGCAAGUCAAAGUGACUGAGCUUUGUCUAAGGCCUUGGUACUGAAGAACUGUGCCAUGUGUUCUGUGUUAGACGACAGGGCAUUCCUCUUGCUUUCUAGUAAAAUACGUUGAUUGUACAAAA